AUGUAAUCUGAACCUGAUUCGAUUGUGGAGAAAAGUCCAAAAGGAAGAUUUAUUAGAGUAUUAAAAUAACAAUGCUAAAAGGCAGUUUAAUGAGUAAAUCGGGAAAGGGACUUACAAAACUGUGUAUAGGGGCUAUGAUGAGGAGUCUGGGUGCGAAAUUGCAUGGAAUGUAGUACAUUUAGAUCAAUUGCCACAGUGUAUAUACAAUUGAUUUUAUUAGAGGAGGAGAGGAAAAGGAUAUCAGAGGAACUGAAUAUUCUAAAUAACAUCAAACACCCCAACAUUAUCAGCCUCAUUAAUGCUUGGAUUAGCAAAAAUAAAUGUGAAGUUAUUUUUAUAACAGAAAUAGUACAUGGUGGAUCACUCAAAAAGUAUUCCUAUCUAUAGAGCUUAGACAUUUGAGAAAAAUACAGAGGCCCAGGUUGAAAAUACUCAAGCAUUGGUGUCGAGAAAUACUGAAAGGUUUAGAAUAUCUACAUAGUAUUUCUCCAUAUCCAGUAAUACAUAGAGAUAUUAAAUGCGAUAAUAUCUUCAUUAACACUCAUAAUAACCAAGUGAGAAUCGGGGAUUUCGGAUUAGCAAUUAAGUUACAAUAAUAGGAUUUUACAUAAUCAGUACUUGGAACACCCGAAUUCAUGGCUCCUGAAAUUUAUGAAGAGAAAUAUGGACCUCCGGUGGAUAUAUAUGCCUUUGGUAUGACAUGCUUGGAAAUGGCUACCUAAAGGAGGCCAUAUGAAGAAUGCACAGCCCCCAAUUAAAUUUAUUAAAAGGUAAGAUGACAACAUUAUCUUCAGGUUAUCAAUCGAAUUAAGCCAAAAACAUUAGAUCUGAUAUAGAAUCAAGAUUUAAAAUAAUUUAUUUUAAAAUGUCUCGAAGAUUAAGAAAAAAGGCCAACAGCCUCAGAAUUGCUUAAUGAUAAAUUUUUGAAUGAGUCAGAAGAUGAUAAUUAGCAUGUUGUUAUUUUAGAAGAGGAAUAAAAUGAACAAAUAUUGGAAAGUACUAUUUUGAAGUACGAUCCCGUUUUCAGAGAAUAAUUAGAUUUUAAUAGUUCUAUCUUAAUUUAAUUAAAUGAAUCAGAUGAAAUGCAUAUCAAAAUUACAUUUACGGAUUUAACUAAAUAUAAUUCGUCUUUUCAAGAAUUCGUAAAGACCAGUGUCUAAAAAUAUUUAGAUUUAUAAAAACCUGAAUAAUUCGCAGCAUUCCAAGAAGAAAGUAAAUUAGUAUUCAUAUAUACACAGUUUAAAAGUAAGGUGGCAUUGACAAAGUUGUUUGGGUGAAGCCUAGUGAAGAGUCUAAGAAAAUUAUGAAGACCCAAUUUUUAUAGUCGUUAGAAUAAUUUCAAUCAGUAUCCUAUUUUAAUAUUUAGACUGUGUCUACACUUCUGUAAGAUGUAGAUAUCAAUGAAUGGGAAUUAAUUGAAUAGUAGAUUUUGGUGUAGUUUUAAUAACAACGAAAAUAAACAAAAUCUAGAUUGCCAAAUUGA